AAUUGACUCCGGCAUGAACGGAGGGCUGUGAUCAGCUUAGCGUGUAACAACUCCGCAACACGUCUCUCCGCAACACGUCCGGAACGGAAUUCCUUCUAAUUUUCCGCGCUAAAACUAAUCGCGGGACAGUAUCUGUUGCGAUACCUGCUGAACCCUAUAAGUAGCUGCAAUAAAUGACGGCAAAUCCUUACGGCAAUCAUGCUUGGACCGACUGGACUUCAGUCCUACCAUUGAUCGAUUUCUCCACAGCUAUCACCUCAAUUCCGAGCACGUUCGUUCGAUAGCCAUGUCUAAUCUAGAGGAAACCAGGGAAGACUCUUUUUCCCCCUUGCCGGUUUAGCACAGGACGGCUGGUCGACAGUCGAGGAGGCAUCCGCGACAUGCUACUGCGGUACCGUUCAACUCUCCGUUCCUAUUACGAAACCAGGCCUAAUCCUCUCAUUCGUCUGUCACUGCAGUGACUGCCGUAAGAUCACGGCGUCAAUGUUCACCUCUGGCUUCAUAGUCCUCGACUCUCACUUAAAGCAUAUUCGCGGGGAGGAGAACCUUAAGCAAUUCAGCCAGUCAGACACCAUCAAGCAAGAGGGCAAGCCUAUGACAAACUUCUUUUGCAGUACCUGCGGCACGCUCAUGUACCGUCGGUCUGCGGGUAUCCCAGGGGCGAGCAUCCUCAGAAUUGGCACUGUUGAUGACUUCAGGCUUGCAGAGACUGCACUGGAACCAACAAUCGAGCAGUAUGUCAAACACCGAGUCAGUUGGAUCAAGGAUAUCGAGGGUAUGGUGCAGUUCGAUGGUCAAGCUUCGGGGGAGGUAGCGAGGUAGCCAUCAACGGCAACCAGUAGUUUCAAAAUAGCAUCUCCGACAAGCGCAAGAGGUUUAUUGCCGUCGGAACGUCCGUGGACUUCAGGGUGUGCCACUGAAGCCCCGUCUGCCAACAAAGCUUUCUCAAGCAGCUCGAUACGUACGAAGUGGUAUUGAAACUUUUCU